CGGGUGAAGUGACUGAGUCCGGAUUCGUCUCGGACAUCGCACGUAAUAAUUUGCCCCUUACCGGGGUUAAUGCUUCUCUCUGGUCGAUGUGUCAGACCUCUCCCCUAUCGCGCGGAUGACAAGUUCCUCUCAAAAGCAGGACUUCUACGAGCUUCUCUCUUACACGGGCGGCGAGGCAUCGGCGCCGAAGUUGCAGAUCGUCGCCGGUCAUCCAAUCGGAGGUUUUAAUGUGCCGCGGGUCGGCGUGGCAGAACUCUCGGAUCACGCUAUAAAAGAAAAGUUUGAUUGGAACCCGUCUGAUACGAACGAUACAUUCAUUUCUUAUAUCCAGUUUUACCAGAGCGAGCUUUGUCGGAGUAGCACCAGUUCGACACCUAAGGAUAUUGGAGGAUGUAAGAUCUCUGGAGAUCCUCACAGCACAGAAUCAGGGACAGAUGCCAGCAAGGCAGAUGCUGCAUUCGGGGAGGAAUUAAGCCUUAUAGAAAGUGAUAAGGACGAGAGUUUACCGAAAAUUGGAUUGCAGAUCCAUAGGAAAGUACAUAAACUUCACAUGCGCUCACAGGCUGAUGAAUUUUCAUAUAAAGAUAAGUUCUCUCGAUGCUUUACUGAUAUCCGUGAACAGAUGCUUCCCUUUGCUAGUUGUUGGGGAGCUCAAUCUUCGAACUUAUGUUCUCAGCCGCAGAGGAAGUCAUCUAGACUGUUAUCUAAGAGGAGGAGAGCUUGCUUGGACUGGGACUUGCUAGAGUGGGAGUUUGAGAAGGUUGAGGAUGUCGUUCUUCUUGAUGAUGAAGAUCUAUGUGGGGAGAAAAUAGAUGGACCAAGUGAUGAAUGGAAGGAAGUAAAAUUAUAUUAUCCUUCAAGGAAUGACCCAGAAUCUGUAGCACUUUCAUACUCAGACAUGGAAUGCCUUAAUCCUGAACAAUUCUUGUCAUCGCCUGUAAUGAACUUCUACAUUCAGUACCUUCAAAAAAGUGCGCCCACCACAUGUAGGCCACAGAGUGAUUAUCAUAUUUUCAAUACAUUCUUUUUUGGAAAGCUUGAAAAAGCUUUAUCUCAAAAGGGUGAUAGAUCUCAAUGUUUCUUGAAGUUGAGGCGGUGGUGGAAAGGAGUAAAUAUAUUUUCUAAGGCAUACAUCCUUUUGCCAAUUCAUGGAAGUUCGCAUUGGAGCUUGGUGAUCAUCUGUAACCCAGGAAAGGAAGAUAACUCUGGUACUCUUAUACUUCAUUUGGAUUCAUUAGGUCUUCAUUCAAGCCAACAAAUCUCUCGCAUUGUUUCUGACUUCCUCAAAGAGGAGUGGAACUAUAUGAGCCAAAAUCCUACUGCUGAUUUUCCUUUCCGAGGACAUAUAUGGCAACAUGUUCCUCUCCGGAUUGAUAAGAAGAAAGUCAUGGUCCCACAACAGAAAAACGAGUAUGAUUGUGGCAUCUUCGUUCUUUACUUCAUCAAGCGUUUCCUGGAGGAAGCUCCUCAAAGGCUGAGAAAGCCUGAUCUUUCUAUGUUUCAUGCAAAGUGGUUCAAACCUGCAGAGGCUUCAAGCUUAAGGAUAACAAUUCGAGAUUUACUUAAUGAAGAAUUCAGCAAGUCCAUGAUUCCAAUAGUAGAAUCAUCAUUGUGCUCUAAUACAUGGGAUAUUUCAUGAAGAAAAGCUCUCAAA